GGACUCAGGUAGAGCAGCGCAUCACGCUCAACCAGAGGAGAGGGAGAGAGCAGCACGAAGAGAGAUAUUUAUAACCUGAAGCCAGGCUGCAGCACUGAGAUAAGGCUUGGGACCAAGCCGCAGGAAGGAAAGCAAACAGACAGACAGACACGGCUUAGGGAAACGAGGACACGACAAGAUGAAACCUUUUUUUGCGGUAGUUUUACUCGGGGCUGCAGCGGUCGCCCUAGUCAGCUCCGCGGGUACCGAGGGCGAGAUCUCCUUCGAGUACCACCGCUAUGAGGAGCUGCGAAAAGCGCUGGUGUCGGUGUGGCUGCAGUGCCCGACCAUCACCCGCAUCUACACCAUCGGGGAGAGCUUCGAGGGCCGCGAGCUGCUGGUGCUGGAGAUGUCCGACAACCCCGGGACGCACGAGCCUGGUGAGCCUGAGUUCAAAUACAUCGCCAACAUGCACGGCAACGAGGCGGUGGGCAGAGAGCUGCUCAUCUACCUGGCCCAGUACCUGUGCAACCAGUACCAGCAGGGCAACGAGACCAUCAUCGACCUCGUCCACAACACCCGCAUCCACCUCAUGCCCUCAAUGAACCCAGAUGGCUUUGAGAAGGCUGCCUCACAGCCCGGAGAGAUCAAAGACUGGUUUGUGGGCCGCAGUAACGCGCAGGGGGUGGAUCUAAACCGCAACUUCCCCGAUCUGGACCGCAUCAUCUACAUCAACGAGCGAGAGGGCGGAGCCAACAACCACCUGCUACAGAACAUGAAGAAGGCCGUGGAUGAAAACACCAAGCUGGCUCCAGAGACCAAGGCAGUGAUCCACUGGAUCAUGGACAUUCCUUUUGUCCUCUCAGCCAACCUGCAUGGAGGAGAUGUCGUGGCCAACUACCCAUAUGAUGAAACCCGCACUGGCUCCACACAUGAGUACAGUGCCAGUCCAGAUGAUGUGAUGUUCAAGUCUCUGGCAAAGGCCUACUCCAUUUACAACCCAGUGAUGUCUGACCAACAGCGAAAACCCUGCCGCAAGAACGAUGAUGACUCCAGCUUCAAAGAUGGGAUCACUAAUGGAGGCGCCUGGUACAGUGUGCCAGGAGGAAUGCAGGAUUUCAACUACCUCAGCAGCAACUGUUUUGAGAUCACUCUGGAGCUUAGCUGUGACAAGUUCCCCAAUGAGGACACACUCAAGAGCUACUGGGAGCAGAACCGCAACUCACUCGUCAGCUACAUCGAGCAGGUCCACCGUGGUGUCAAGGGCUUUGUGCGUGACCUGCAGGGCAACCCAAUCUCCAACGCAUCCAUCUCUGUGGAGGGGAUCGACCAUGACAUCACCACAGCCAAAGAUGGAGAUUAUUGGCGCCUUCUGGCUCCAGGAAAUUACAAAGUGGCAGCCACUGCCCCAGGAUACCUGACUGUCAUCAAGAAGGUGGCUGUUCCCUUCACUCCUGCUACCAGGGUGGACUUUGAGCUGGAGUCUCUGAUGGAGAGGAAGGAGGAGGAGCGGGAGGAGCUGAUGGACUGGUGGAAGAUGAUGUCAGAGACACUGAACUUCUAAAUAAGCUUUUGUCUGGUUUAUGAUUGGGUCCGUCUGCACAUCUAUGUAAUAUAUUCAACAUUCAGUGUGCCCGUCUGCUAUAAAAAGAAUAUAUUGUCUAUAAUUUGUUUUGUUCUCUUUCACUCAUUAUUUUAAUUGAUUAUAUUGUUUAUAAAUGUAAUGGUUUGCCUCAUACUCCUGUAGAUUGUUCGAAUAUCCACAGACGUAUGCUGACGGACACAGGAGAAACUUACUGGUAGUUCUGUGGUAUUGUGUUCUUUAUUGUACAUGUGAUUGGUAACCAUGACACCCACUUGUAUAACCAACGAUUGACUGAGUAUUAUGUGUGUAAAAGAGCUUUUUACAUCACUUCCACGUGGCUCUUUAAAAAAAAAGUAUUUUUUAUUGUUUUAACCUCUCUGUUUCUCCAGACUAUAGUCCAAUUUAAAAGAACACAACUAAUAUAGCGCACACACCUUUUAAAUUCACAAUAAAAUGCACACACACACACACACACACACACACUAUAGUUUGAGAUAUAAAAAUACUGUAAAAUCAUUGUUGACAUUGUAAUCAGUCUAUACAGACAAGCUCAUUUUCCUGUAUGUUAUUGAUGUUGUUUUUUUUAACUGACUGCAGCACAGCUUUGAGUUUAGCACAAGAUGAAUGGUUAUAAUAUAUACAGUACUGUAUUUAUGAAAUACUAAGUAUAGCAAGAACUGUGUGGUUUUUGUAUCUAAAAGAAACAAAAUCGAAGAAAAUAAGGCCAUGAUACCAAUAAAUCUGUCCACCUCAGUCAACCCAAAGCCAUUUCCUUUGUAUUUGUGCACUACACAGAAAUAACUUUAGGUGAUGGAAAGAACUGUGGUACAUGAUGAAGUUGUUUUUCAAAUUUAACACUAUCUUCCAAGAUUGGACCGUGUGGAUGCAGUUCAUCUGGUUUGAGACGACAAGAACUUAAUGAAUGUAUAGCUAUAGAAACCGUUACAAAUAGAAAGAAUAAACUGAUCAAUAAAAAUCCCCUCUUUAUGUUGUCA